AUGUCUGACGUGCAGAACUCGACUUCGCCUGCCGGCCAGGUCGCCUCUCCUCCGGCCGAUGCUCCUGCCACCAACGGCAACCAGAUCAACACCAGCGUCGCUGCCUCUGGCGAAUUCAAUGACUCUGCUACUCCCACCUCGGCUGCGCCCUCCACCGCCAACCCCAACUCCGCCUCCCUUUACGUCGGCGAGCUUGACUCAUCCGUCACCGAGGCCAUGCUCUUCGAGCUCUUCUCCUCCAUCGGCCAGGUCGCCUCCAUCCGUGUCUGCCGUGACGCCGUCACCCGCCGCUCGCUUGGCUACGCAUACGUCAACUACAACAGCGCCGCGGACGGAGAGCGCGCUCUUGAAGAGCUGAACUACACCCUGAUCAAAGGCAAGCCGUGCCGCAUCAUGUGGUCGCAGCGCGAUCCAGCUCUUCGCAAGACCGGCCAGGGCAACGUGUUCAUCAAGAACUUGGAUGCCGCCAUUGACAACAAGGCCCUCCACGACACGUUCGCUGCCUUCGGCAACAUCCUUUCCUGCAAGGUUGCACAGGACGAGCACGGAAACUCGAAAGGUUAUGGAUUCGUGCAUUACGAGACCGCCGAGGCUGCCAAUCAGGCCAUCAAGAACGUGAACGGAAUGUUGUUGAACGAGAAGAAGGUCUUUGUUGGUCACCACAUCCCCAAGAAGGACCGCAUGAGCAAGUUCGAGGAGAUGAAGGCGAACUUUACCAACAUCUACGUCAAGAACAUUGAUCUGGAGGCCACCGACGACGAGUUCCGUGAGCUGUUCGAGAAGCACGGAGAGAUCACUUCUGCUUCGCUCGCGCACGACCACGAGACCGGCAAGUCUCGCGGCUUCGGCUUCGUCAACUUCGUUAGGCACGAGGAUGCUCAGAAGGCCGUCGAGGAGCUGAACGACUCGGACUUCAAGGGCCAGAAGCUCUACGUUGGCCGUGCCCAGAAGAAGCACGAGCGCGAGGAAGAGCUGCGCAAGCAGUACGAGGCCGCGCGCCAGGAGAAGAGCGCCAAGUACAUGGGUGUCAACCUCUAUGUCAAGAACCUUGCGGAUGAGAUCGAUGACGAGGAGCUCCGCAAGAUCUUUGAGCCGUACGGAGCCAUCACCUCUGCCAAGGUCAUGCGCGACACGACGCCUCUGGAUAGCGCCGAGGCUUCUGCCAAGCCGGAGGAGAAGAGUGACGAGGAGAAGAAGGAGGGCGAGGAGAAGGAGGGAGAGAAGAAUGAGGAGGAUGUGGAGGACCUGUCCAAGAAACUCGACACCGUUACCAUCGGCGGUGAGAAGAAGGUCUUGGGCAAGAGCAAGGGUUUCGGUUUUGUCUGCUUCUCCAACCCAGAUGAGGCGACCAAGGCUGUUACCGAGCUCAACCAGAAGAUGAUCCAUGGCAAGCCGCUGUACGUGGCUCUGGCGCAGCGUAAGGAGGUUCGCAAGAGCCAACUUGAGGCUAGUAUCCAGGCGCGCAACCAGGUUCGCAUGCAGCAGCAAGCCACCGCCGGCGGCAUUCCACCACAGUUCAUGCAGCCACAGGUCUUUAUGGGCCCCAACGGCCAGCCUAUGAUGGUUCCAGGCGGACGUGGCCAGAUGCCCUAUAUGCAAGGCUUGCCCGGCGGUCAGGGCCAGCGUGGUGGAUUCCCAGGUAUUCCGCAGCAGGGUGGUCGCGGCGGUCCUCAGGGCAUGCCUCAGAUGCCCCAGAUGCCGUACGGCUUCCCGCCACAGAUGGGCGGCCUCCAGGGCUACGGCAACCCAGCAGCUUACGCUCAAUUGAUGCAAGCUGCUCAGGCUCAGGCGCAGGCUAUGGGUGGUGGAGGACGCGGACAGGGUCGUGGCCAGCCAAUGCCGGUGCCAAUGGUGCCAGGCGGCAUAGCCCCGAUGAUGAAUCAGCCACCAGGCGCCGGUGCUGGUCGCGGCAACUUCUCACAGCGCGGAGGUCCAAUGGGUCGUCCAGACGAGCAGCGCGGUCGUGCACCAAACCGCGGCGCCGUCGGUGUCGACUUGGCCGCACUCAACGCUGCGCCACCUGCGCAGCAGAAGCAGAUGCUCGGUGAGGCUCUGUACCCCAAGAUCGCUGCUCAGCAGCCUGAAUUGGCUGGCAAGAUCACUGGUAUGCUUCUCGAGAUGGAGAACGAGGAGCUCAUCAACCUGUAAGUGCCGAUGAUUGUUGAACUAUCGAAAGAAAGCGCUAACACAGAUGCAGCACUGGCGACGACAACGCUCUGCGUGAGAAGGUUCAGGAGGCUCUCAACGUCUACGAUGAGUACCUCAAGAACCACUCCGGUCCGUCUGGUGAGGAUGGUGGACCAGCGCAGACGAACGGCGAGAACCUCAAUCCGAGCGUCGAGGAGGCGAAGGAUUCUGAGGCCUAG